UUGUAUUUAAACGUAGCAUACGUCAUUGUACAGCAGUCUGGGAACGGGAUAGGGAUGCAGCGAGAUAGAACAAGCAACGCCGGCGGAGCUGAAAAGCCCGACCGGGAGGCCGCCAUAAUGUCCAAAUACUACGAUGGCGUUGAAUUUCCUUUCUGUGAUGAGUUCUCCAAAUAUGAAAAAAUGGCCAAAAUAGGACAGGGCACAUUUGGGGAGGUGUUUAAAGCGAAGCACAAACAGACCGGGAAGAAGGUCGCACUGAAGAAAGUUUUGAUGGAAAAUGAGAAAGAAGGAUUAAAUGACAUUUCAACGUCAGUAUCGUUGAAUUCAUUUCCAUUCCCUGUAGCAACGCCAGUUUACCAAAGCCAGGCAGUGUCCAACCUGUGUCAAACCUUGGUCAAGAGGAGGGUCAUGGAGUUUCCAAUCACAGCAUUGAGAGAAAUCAAGAUCCUGCAGCUGCUCAAACACGAGAAUGUGGUCAAUCUGAUUGAGAUCUGCAGAACCAAAGCUACACAGUUCAAUAGAUACAAAGGCAGCAUCUACCUGGUGUUUGACUUCUGUGAGCAUGACCUGGCCGGGCUGCUGAGUAAUGCCAAUGUAAAGUUCACCCUGGCAGAGAUUAAGAAGGUCAUGCAGAUGCUGCUUAAUGGACUGUACUACAUACACAGAAAUAAGAUCCUUCACAGAGACAUGAAGGCUGCCAAUGUGCUCAUCACCAGAGACGGUGUCCUGAAGUUGGCUGACUUUGGUUUGGCUCGUGCCUUCAGCCUGGCUAAAAACAGCCAGGGUAACCGCUACACAAACCGUGUGGUCACACUCUGGUACCGACCUCCAGAGCUGCUGCUAGGUGAGCGAGACUACGGCCCACCCAUUGACCUUUGGGGAGCGGGCUGUAUCAUGGCAGAGAUGUGGACCAGAAGUCCUAUCAUGCAGGGAAACACAGAGCAGCAUCAGCUCACUCUUAUCAGCCAGCUUUGUGGCUCCAUAACUGCUGAGGUUUGGCCUGGUGUGGAUACAAAAUACGAGCUGUACCAGAAGAUGGAGCUGCCGAAAGGCCAGAAGAGGAAAGUGAAGGAUCGUCUCAAAGCCUAUGUCAAAGACGCGUACGCUCUGGACCUUAUUGACAAGCUCCUGGUCCUUGACCCGGCAGUGCGCGCAGACAGCGACGAUGCGCUAAACCAUGACUUCUUCUGGUCCGACCCCAUGCCAUCAGACCUAAAGAACAUGCUCUCGACCCACAACACCUCCAUGUUUGAAUAUCUGGCCCCACCCAGACGGAGAGGCCACAUGCCCCAGCAGCAGCCCAAUCAGAACAGAAACCCAGCUACCACAAGUCAGACCGAAUUUGAUCGAGUGUUUUAGUGGUUGAAGAAGUUUAUGGUGGGGCUGUCACUUUUUUAAAUUUCCAUUGCUCGACUCGUUUCUUGCGCCUCUGCCGCCUACUAGGGAGGCAAGCUAGCAGGUGAAUCCUCAGAUUUGUUAUUGUUGUGGAGUUACAGUGUUUUUUACAAAGUUGGCAGACAGCCUUAUCUUUGUUGUUUGGGUUUGUCGACCUUGAUUAAAGAACGCUUCUGUCUGUUUGAA